GCCCCUGGCCCGGACUGCCCGGGCCGGCCGCCCUGCAGCGCUCGCCUCUCGCACCCGACGCCAGCCGGGCUGCCCGACGGCAGCGGGCGGCUCCCCGCCGUCCGGCGGCUGUUCUGGGCUACUUCUUGCGGCUCGGCGCCGGGCGGGAUUUGUGCCUCUGUCGUGGAGCUCCGCUGCUCUCCGCAGCCUCAGCACUUUCUGACCCCGGCGCGGGGGUGUCCGCAGGUGGGUGCCGGCUCCCUUGCCACGCCGGGCCCCUCACCAGCAGAUGGUGCUGCGGACGCCCCAUCCCCGGCGCUGCGUGGCCCCGACGGACCGCACCGGGCCCGGCUCAGCCCAGUCGCCGGGAAAGACAGUGGCACCAUGACCCUGUGUGCCACCCGGCCCGGCCGAAGCGUUCGAGGUAGGGCGCGUUACGUUUCCCGGAGCUCGUCGGCAGCUGUUGUGCGGAAGCCCGGAGUUUGCCCGGGAGUCGGCUGCUGGCGGGAGAGGAUGCCCGGUUCGGAUGGACACACCCUGAGGUGGGCCAUCGCUCCCGGGAUGCUCGGCAUCUCACAACGAUCCUGAGCCGGGUGCCAUCAGCCUGCGCCCAGAGUCGAGAACCGCGGCCACUUGCACCUCUCCAGCGGCCCGUUCCGCAGGCAGCGGUCGCGGACUGGCCUCGGCGCAGAGGACAUCGUCGAUCCCAUCGAACCAUACUGUCCUUUGCACACCCAGUGCGGACGUUUCCACACGGGACGCUUCUGCCCUUGCCCCUCUCCUUUCACCGCUAAGAGUCGGACACCACUGGGCCCCGAGGCCGGCGGGAGAGGGCGGCCGGCGGCCCGAUUCUCUGUGUCUCGGUUCUCCGCGGUACCCGAAAAGCCUUCGGGCGCCGGCUGAGCCGAACGUGUCGUGCCGGGCUUCCGGCGGCCUCCAGCCCCGCUGCGACCGUCGAGUCCCGCGGAGCCGCCAGCGCUCAGCCCCGGGGGCCUCGUCUAAGCACUCCCAGUCCCGACUAGGCUCAGGGCAAGCUCUCACCGUAGGUAGGACUUUUUCUGAAGUGAUUAACCUCCCUUUCCUCCCAACCCGGGCCGACCCCACUGCCUUACCGCCUCAGCCGUCCCUGCAGCCUGUGACAAACUGUGGCCAUGCACGGCGGCCGCCGCGUCCCGGUCCCGAGCUCCCCAGUGUUUCGGUAUCCUGGCUUCGGCCCGGUUUUGCGGGGUCUGGGAGCUCCCGCGGAGGAAAGCGGCCGCCGGUGGGCAGUGGAGCCGCUGUAAAGCGAAAGCUCGGUGCUGGUGGGGCUGCGGCAGGCCGGUGGACCCCGAGCCGAGGGGGUUAAACCAGGAGCCUCCCCUUACCUUCAAAAAGUUAAAAAUGUCUGGAGCCUGCAUCUCUUAAAGGGGCGGUGCUGGCUGCAAGGAGUCUUGGCACCGGCUGCGAGAAAGGCUGGUCAGGGGCGUGAGUUUCCCUCCACCAGCACCAAAACAUUACAAAAAAAGGCAGAGCGCCCCACACUUUAGAUAAGGACAAUUAGCCACCAGCGAGCCCCUGCAGACAGCAAGUUAAUUAGGGGUUUCCUGCUCUCCGGCAUGCCCUGUCCCAGCUCCUGCCCCCCUGGGCUCUUAGCCCUGAUGGCACCUGGGCUGGCUCUCAUGGCCACCUUCUCGCUGCCCUCCCAUGCUGGGGACAGGAGAGCGCUGCCGGUGGAGAAACCUCCAGGUGUGAAGGGAAGAACUCUCAUUCUCCUUGAUGUCAACACCAAGAGCCCUGUCAGGAUAAUCAGUGAGAAUUUCCUCUCCCUGCAGCUGGACCCUUCCAUCAUUCAUGAUGGCUGGCUCGAUUUCUUAAGCUCCCGGCGGCUGGUGACCCUGGCGCGGGGCCUGGCCCCCGCCUUCCUGCGCUUCGCGGGCAAGAGGACGGACUUUCUGCAGUUCCACAACGUGAAGAACCCGGCUAAGAGCCGCGGCGGGCCCGGUCCCGACUACUACCUCAAGAACUACGAGGACGACAUUGUUCGCAGCGACAUUGCCCUGGAUAAGCAGAAAGGCUGUAAGAUCGCCCAGCAUCCUGACAUAAUGUUGGAGCUACAGAGGGAAAAGGCAGCUCAGAUGCACUUGGUUUUGUUAAAGGAGCAGUUUUCAAACACAUACAGCAACCUCACAUUAACAGCCAGGUCUCUAGACAAACUCUAUAACUUUGCUGACUGCUCUGGCCUUCACCUGAUCUUUGCACUGAAUGCUUUGCGCCGAAAUCCUAACAACUCCUGGAACAGCUCCAAUGCCCUCAGCCUGCUGAAGUACAGCGCCAGCAAGAAGUACAACAUCUCCUGGGAGCUGGGCAAUGAGCCCAAUAACUAUCGGACCCUGAUCGGCCGCUCGGUGAAUGGCAGCCAGCUGGGGAAGGACUACAUCCAGCUGAGAAGCCUGCUGCAGCUUAUCCGCACUUAUUCCAGAGCAAAUCUCUAUGGGCCGAACAUUGGGAGGCCCAGAAAGAAUGUCAUCGCUCUCCUGGAAGGGUUCAUGAAGGUGGCUGGCAGUACAGUGGAUGCUGUUACCUGGCAACAUUACUACAUUGAUGGCCGAGUGGCCAAAGCAACGGACUUCCUGAAAACGCGCCUGUUAGACACACUCUCUGACCAGAUCAGGAAAAUCCAGAAAGUAGUGAACACGUACACACCGGGAAAGAAGAUCUGGCUGGAAGGCGUUGGUGCGACCUCAGCCGGAGGCAUGAACAACCUCUCCAAUUCCUAUGCGGCUGGGUUCCUGUGGUUGAACACGCUGGGCUUGCUGGCUAGCCAGGGCAUUGAUGUGGUGGUGCGGCACUCCUUCCUCGACCACAGCCACAACCACCUCGUGGACCAGAACUUCAACCCCUUGCCGGACUACUGGCUGUCCCUGCUCUACAAGCGCCUCAUUGGUCCCAAGGUCCUGGCAAUCCACGUGGCCGGUCUCCAGAGGAAACCCCGGCCUGGCAGGGUUAUUCGUGACAAGCUCCGCAUUUAUGCCCACUGUACCAGCUACCACAACCACAACUAUGUCCGAGGGUCCAUCACCCUUUACAUCAUCAACCUGCAUCGCUCUCGGAAGAAAAUCAAGCUGGCGGGGACACUGCGGGAUAAGAUUGUCCACCAAUACCUGCUGCAGCCCUAUGGCAAGGAUGGGCUCCACUCCAAGUCAGUCCAGCUCAACGGGCAGCCACUGGCCAUGGUGGAUGAUGGGACCCUCCCUGAACUAAAGCCUCGGCCACUGCGGGCUGGCCGCACCCUUGUCAUCCCCCCACUGACCAUGAGCUUCUACGUGGUGAAGAAUGUGAAUGCUCUGGCCUGCCGGUACCGAUAGCCCACGGCCCAGAAUGGACCCACCGGCCCCGCUCCUGCCCCCACACACUCCCCAGGACACGCUGCCUCCUUUGCAGCCCACAUAGCUUCGCAGCAGGGCCAUGUCAGGCAGGCACUGUGCCAUGCUCUUGUCCUCGUGUCCUGGAUGCUCUCCGGCUUGACGCCCUCUCCCACCCUGUUACCACAGAGCUCCACUUAGGCCUGACCACCAUCCAACCAGAGUGGUGCAAUGGAAAAUUUGCAGGGCCUGCCACGAUCUGUUACACAGACUGUGAGAAGCACCCGGAGACCACCGCCCACAGGCUGCUGGGGAGGGCUGGGGUGCUGAGCCCUGAUGUAGCCCGGGAUGGACGCCUUCCCAACCCUGCUAGUCCAGCUACUCUGCAGGGUGACGCCCCUAGCAGCCGGGUCCCCCCUUCCUCUGCACCUUCCCGGGCGGCGGGCAGCGCUGCGGUGCAGCAAGCGCAUGGAAGCAGCUCCCUCUGCUGCCGCCGGCCGCCGCCAGCGCGGCCGGGACCGGCGUGCGGAUACUGCGGGUAGGGCGGGCCGGGAGAAGGGGCGCCGGGGUCCGCCCCGGGCGGGCGGGCGGGGCUGGAGGGUCCGCGGCUGGAAAUGGUGAUAAUUAAAUUAUACGGCGGGAAGCGACGGCCGCUGGGCCGUGUGUCCUGCCCGGGAGAGGGGCGGUAUCACGGGCAGGAACAGCCGGGACGCGCCGAAGCGCCACCGGCGGUGUAAUAAAGUUGGGUUGUCAACUGCA